AAACAACCAGACUCGUCGCUUGUCUGGGCUCCCUGUGUUAUGAGCAGUCGUCGUAGACAAGUUCCGAAUUCCGAGAAAUGCACUGAAGCAUGAGCUAUUUCAUGGAACGCUGACAGUUAUGUGAGUUCACUCUAGUGCUGUUAAUGAUGCGUGUUGUUCUUCAAAAUUAAUGCUGAUUCCGCUGUAGUUAUGUUUUGGCGGCCAGUUUGCCACUGAACUAUUGCCAACUGUCUUGCGGCUUCAGCCAUGGAAACUAAACCGUUGAUACACAAGCUUCAAAAUCUUCGCAAGGAAGUAUCUUGUUCCAUUUGCGAAGCUCUUUAUACUGAACCAAAAAUGUUGCCAUGUUUACACAGUUUUUGCCUGGAUUGCUUAGAGAAUGUUAUACGAUCAAGUGGCCGCCAUGAUACCUUUACGUGUCCUGAUCCUAUGUGCAAGACAGAAAUUAGAGUUCCCAGCAGUGGAGAUCUUAAGGAGCUUCCCGCUAACUUCCGCCUUGUAAACUUGCUAGAUGUCUUGGCCAUUAAAGAACACAAUAGUAGAGGAGUGAAAUGUGGAAACUGCGACAAAACAAGCGCCCAGAGUUCGUAUUGUUUUCAAUGUUGUGCAUUCUGGUGUAACGAGUGUAUCACUGGGCAUAAUAUCAUACGGGCUAACAAAGAACACCGUGUUUUGGCUCUCCAAGACUUUCAGGAUCACGACAUCGAGAAUGUCAAAAAGAGGCCUGCAUUUUGUCAAAUAAAGAAUCACAAAGCCGAAGAGUUGAAGUUUUUUUGCAAGAAAUGUGACGUUGCCAUUUGCCAAACUUGUAUAGUGGCACUACAUGACGGCCAUCCUAAGGUACCUUUAAAGGAAACUGCAAACGACUUAAAGUUGAGGGUCCAGUCUACAAUUAAAUCCCAAAAAGAAAGCAUAAAGAAGAAUAUGAUUGAGUUAGAAAACAUCGACAAUGACUGUGAGAGGAUUCAAGAACAUUUCCAUAAAUUAAAGAGAGAAGUGGAGCAGCAUGUAGAUGUCAUAAUCGCUGUCCUUGAAAAGAAGAAGCAGGAAAUAAUUGUUCAAGUUGAAACAAAGGCAGCAUUGUCAACUCAACGUCUUGAGCAGGAAAAAAUUGCGAUUAAAAGUCAAGUGGCUACAAAAACUGAAGCUCUUAUCAAAAUUGAAAAUCUUUUGAAAGUAAACCCAGAAGCAGACAUAUUGCAACAACGCAGUUCUUUUGAAAAGUUGCUGGAAGGGGAAAUUUUCUAUGACAACUCACUUGCUACUGACAAUGAACAAUUUUGUGAGAUAAAUUUCAAAGGAAAUCAAAAUCUAUUCAACAGUGUGAAAGCUGAGCAAAUUGGUUCCCUUGAAGAUAAACAAACAGCAUCAGUCCCUGGCUCUCAAAAUGCACUCAGAACAAGUAAUGUAGAGAAUGGGCAAUCUCAACAGCAACCCGAUAAAGAGCAGGAUGAUUUCGGCUCUUGCCAAGGCAAUGAUGGUGCGACAAAGGUUCCCGUGGCUCAAGAUGACAACGACCUUUGCUUCAAAAUCAGCGAUUUUGUCACAGAGCCCUGCAAAAGGUUGGCAGCUGUAAAUUUAGAACCUAUUCCUCACCUCGCUGCUCACUUAAGGCCUGGCCAGUUUGAACCAGUUUUAUUUUUUGGAGAAGAAGGUGCUUUGGACGGAAUGUUUAACUACCCCUGGGGUGUGGCAGUUAAUGAACGUGACGAAUUAGCAAUUACCGAUCAUGGAGGACGACAUGAGGUCGAGCGGGUCCAGGUAUUCACCUGCGAUGGCACGCACUUACGAUCCUUUGGCGCGAAGGGUGCUAGUCAUGGAGAAUUUAAAUUUCCCACAGGCAUAAUUUUUGACAAGAAUGGAAAUAUCAUAGUAGCAGACAAUGGUAACCAUCGGGUUCAGAUGUUUAGUGACCAGGGUGAGUACCUGAGCCAGUUUGGUGUAAAAGGAAGUCUCAUUCAUCAACUUAACAAUCCUCUUGGUUUAUCCUUAGAAAAUGAUGGUAGUAUCAUUGUCACUGAUAACACAAACAAACUAGUGAAGAUAUUUUCUAGUAAUGGCAAAUUCUUGCAUAAAAUUGGUCGAAGGGGUGCUUUUAACUUUCCUUUUCACUGUGUCCAGUAUGGUGGUAAAUACUAUGUGUCAGACCGUGACAAACAUUGUGUCAAAGUGUUUGACGGCAAUGGCACUUAUAGAUAUAAAUUUGGGAGAAAGGGAGAAAGUGACGGUAGUUUUAAUGAGCCCCAUUGCUUGGCAGUGAGUAAGGCAGGAAAUCUUAUGGUCUGUGAUUCUAUGAAUCAUAGAAUUCAGGUAUUUGAUUUAAAUGGAAAUUUUGUGUCCAAGUUUGGAACAGAGGGCACAGGCCUAGGGCAAUUUAACAAACCAGUCUCCUUAGCAGUUUUAAGUGAUGGAAGGAUAGUUGUCACAGACUUCUGCAAUCAUCGCAUUCAGAUAUUCAAACCAAUAUAAUACCGAUUUUAACAUUAAAUGACUUGAAGGAAACACACAUGAUUCACUGCAACUCUGAGUUUUGUGCAUUAAGCACUCACCAGGCCAUGAGUGCUUAACGCAUGAAACUCAGUUGCAGCGAAUCAUGUGUGUUUCCUUCUAGUCACUUAAUGUUAUAUACUGCUCUACACAAAUGUGUAUUGAGCCCCUUUUAACAGUGCUAGCUACAGUUCACUAUUAGUAAUACUGAUUUUAUAUAUUUAACCACUGAACUGUAAAUGUUUUUGCUUUUUUCAGGAUUUUUAACCUUAAAGUUGUUUAAACAUGUUUGCAUGAUGAAUUAUUUUUACUUACAUGUGUAGGAUCCCCCCCCCCCCUCCUUAACCCUCCUCCUAGUAAUUACGGGAUCUUGAAGUGGCAAAAAAUAUCUGGGUUUUAUUGUAUGGCUGUGUCUCACAAGGACUGGGAACUACUGAAUUCACGGAUUUGAUUGGCUGAAAUCAAUAUUGAAAGCAGUCUAGAUUUUCUCAUCUAGACCAGUCUAGAAGAAAAAGGUACAAACAGUAUAAAAUAUUGGCAUAGAAGACAGCCAUAUAAUAAACAUCUCAUUGACCAAGCUGGGUCGGUCUCUAUGGGAGAAUCUUGACCUCUGUCGCUAGUACAGACCUCACUGCAUUCAGUCUGUACUGGCGACCUUGGUCAAGAUUCUCCCAGACAGACCUCCCACUUGGAGAAAAAGAACUGAGUAAUUUAAUAAGAUAUUUCAUAACCUGAAAGAAAAGAUGCUUGUUGAUCAUAUUAAGCAAUAUAGAGGAUUAUCGUCUUAGACAGAAGUCAAAACAUUUCUUCUCUGCCAGUUAAAGCUAAUUAGAACCUUUUGGAAUGAAAAUCUUUCUUUAAAGAUGAUGCCACUUCUUGUAGAGGAUCCAUCUUUUGGUCCCACAGAAAGCUCAAACCUGCAUAGUUAAGUUGACCAUAUCUUUGUUAGAUUAAAAUGCAAAAUAUAAAUGAUAGGAUUUAUGCUACAAACUAAAUAAAACAGCUCAAGGCCUAUCCUUAGAAACCAUGAUGUAUCUUAUUAAAUAAUUUCUCAAGUAUUUGUAAUCAUAAGUAAGAUAUUGUUGUAUCAUUAAUAAUUUUAAUAUCUACAUGUUUAUGGUAGUAUUUCAAAAUUGGUUUUACCACAAGUUUGUAUAAAAUAAACUUUAUAUUGACAUGAAUCACUUGAGUUUAAACAUGCUAUAGAAGGGAGGGAGAAAGGAGUCAUACAGGUAUCCCCAACCACUUCAUUUUGCCAGUCAAUAUUUAAGUUGUACUUUAAAUACAUGUAAAUUAAUUCUGUUUAUUUCUCCAUGAACAACAGAUAUAUAGAAACAAUGCUUUAUAACAAAGUCAGAUUUCUAGGCCUGGCAGCUACAGUCAUCUCAACUUAAAAAUCUUCAAGCUUAUAGGAUAUUUGGAUCAUGUUAACUGUAAGGACUCCAGACCAAUAUAUUGUUUGACAUAUCGGUCCAAAGUCAGUUGACAAUCGACUGAUAUGUCAGUCAACACUCGGUUGAUAGCUAGUGGACACUUGGUUGACACUUGGUCAGCACUUGGCCGAUAGCUGGGCGACAAUCAGUCAAUAGUCAUUGGGCACUCGGUCAAUAGUUGGUCAAUAGCUGACUAUCAAGCAAGUCUUGACUGAGUGUAGACCGAUUAUCGACUGAGUGUUGACCAAGUGUCAACUGUCAUAUCAGUUGAGUAUUGACUGACUCUUGACCCACACAUUGACUGAUAUAUUGGUCUAGUAAAAUUAAAAGGUUAUACUUUAUUUACACAGGGUAGCCCAUUCAGCUCAAGGCUGGUAUCCAUAGGGGCCCUGUUUCUUAAAUAUAAAUUACAUCAAAAUUCUCAAUUAUUUAUAAAUUUGACUAGGAUUUUAAAACUACAUUAACAGCGUAAGACUACAAAGCCAAAACACAAUUAAGACCUAAAAUAGUAGAUAAAAUAUCAAGUUAAGAUAAAAAGAAAUGUCUUGCUUGGGGGCAGAACGUUUGAAUGUUUUCACUCUUCACAAUGCUUAAAGGGAGUUUAUUAAAAAUUUCUGCACCAGUAAAAAGGAAGGUCCUUUUCCCAAAAUUCUGUUUUACUUUUGGUAGGGAUAGCCUCAUACUUUGCCUUGUGAAAUAGUUGUGAAUAUUCGAAAAUCUGAUGAAAUAUGAUGCAAAGUAACUUGGAACUAAUGAGUGAAGACAGAGAAAAACGAGUUUAGCCUUGUGGUAAUAGCGUCUACUGGAAAGAUUCGGCCAUUGCAGCUGCUCUAUUGCUUCAGAUGAGCGAGAGCAACGUGUAAUAAUGCGUGCAGAUCUAUUUUGUAAGCGCUGUACGUAGUCGAUCUAUAUCUAGAGCGCUGUAGUCGAUCUAGUCUAGAGCACCUAGAGUAAACAUGAUGUGGAUAUUGUAAAAUUUUAUACAUCCUUGCAGAGUUUUUGGAUGAAAGUCGGUAUUGAGAAAGUUUAUAGAUUCAGAAAACGUAUACUAUUUUGAUUUUAAUAGAAAAGACAAACAUCAAAAAAGGUUUUGAGGCGACUGUUGCUACUCACCCCACUCCUUUACCAAAGAAGCUUGGGUUCUUAAGUGCAAUUUGCAUUUUAUACAAAUAAAAUUCUUGAAACUGA